AGGAAGAGAGAGAAACAGUACUAAUAUAUAGAGAUUGUAUAUGCUUUUGUUUGUGUGAAGAGAUAAAAAAAUAAAAGCACACAAGUUUUAUUUUUUCUUAGUCUAUGGGUUUAGUUUACUCUUCCAAAAAUUUUCCAUCUUCUCUGAUCGAUAAAUCGCUUCUUUUUCUAACCAAAGUCUUUUACUUAUUUAUUUGAGAGAGUGAAUCUCGUGAGUUUGAGUGUAUCAGUAUUUUUUUUUUGGUUUUUUUUUUUUAACUUUUCAAUCUUGCACCGAUGAGGAUCCGUAAAAGGCAAGCUCUUUUUUCUUCUACUUCUGAGUCUCUUACGCCUUUGCAUCUCUCAGAUCCCAACCUGAUUAUCCGGUCACCGGUGGUGGUGCAACUCGGCGACGAUACCCACGCUCACACCGUACCAAAACAUGUUUCACCUGCUUCGAGUUUGGAUCGUUAUCAGCCGUCUGAUCAAACACUCCCACUGAUCGGGAAACUAAAUAACGGCUGUGAUUAUCCAUCCGGGAUCGAGGAAAGUGGGACACACAAACAGCACAACAAGCUAGACCCUUUGGAUGAGAAAGUUAGAGAGGAAGAGAAAGAGAGUGGAGAGUCAAGAGAGAACAAAAGUAAUCAUAUCAGCAAAGGAGACAUCUUGGUAGUUUCUCAAGUCUUGCCAUCAUCAAGUACUACUUUUGCUCAAGAUGGGAGAUGGUGCGAGGGAGAGAAAGCUAUUCCAUUAAAGAAAAGGAGAGGAAGGUUCGAGAAUGAUAAGAUAUUGGAGAGUAAUAAUGAUAGUAAGAAAGUCGUGAAGGGUAAGAUGAUGAAGACGAAGAUGAAUAAGAAAUGUUCAACGGUAAAAGAUGAAGAAGAUGAAGAAGAAAGCGGGAGUAAGAAUAAGAAGAGGAUGAGGAAAAGGGGAAGUGCAGUAGUGAUGGAAGGUUCGCGGUGCAGUCGCGUUAAUGGAAGAGGAUGGAGGUGUUGUCAACAAACACUUGUUGGUUACUCUCUUUGUGAACAUCAUUUAGGGAAAGGAAGGUUGAGAAGUAUGACAAGUGUUAGAAAUAGAUCUAUUGGUAUUGGAUUUUCUAAUACUACUACUACUACUACUGCACCAUCACUAACAAAGAAUAAUAUUAAUGCUUCAUCUUCUAAUUCUGAUGUUGUUGAGAAGAGAAUGAUGAAUUGUGCUGGGAAUGAUGAUGAUAAGACGGAUAAUUUUGAUGAGAAGAAGCAAAAGAAGAGAGUGAAGCUUGGAAUGGUUAAAGCACGGUCUAUAAGCAGCUUAUUGGGACAGCCAGACAACAAGGUUGCUCCUGUAGGUGAUGAGAAUAACAAGUAAUUAUUAUUUACAUUUUCAGACUAAAUAUUAUUUUCAUGUAUUUGAGAUUUUUAAAUUUUGCAAGUUUUUGUCUUAUACUAUGGUGCCACCAUGUUCUAUUCAACUUAGCAUGUGCUUUAUUUUGGUACGUAGUUAUGUGGUAGUAUAAAUUAUAAUUUUAAUUUCCUUAA